CAGACUGGAACUGAGCUCUGGAAAAACAAAGUGGAGCUUGGAGCAUGUGGCCUGAGGAUUGCCUUACAAAGCCAGGGGUGGUAGCUAAGAAGUGAGCAGGAUGCCCCCAGGCAUCUACUGCCCUAUGGAAUUCUGGUCCAAGGGGGAAAACCAAAACAUCCAGGUGGACUUUCUGCUGCCCACAGGCAUAUAUUUAAACCUCUCUGUGUCCUGCAAUGCCAGCUUGGGCACCAUCAAGCAGGUGGUGUGGAGGCAUGCUCAGUAUGAGCCGCUGUACCACAUGCUCAGUGAUCCCGAGGCCUAUGUCUUCACGUGCAUCAACCAGACAGCAGAACAGCAAGAGUUGGAGGAUGAGCAACGGCGGCUUUGUGACAUCCAGCCCUUCCUACCGGUACUGCGGCUCGUGGCUCGAGAAGGAGACAGAGUCAAGAAGGUUAUUAACUCUCAGAUCAGCCUGCUCAUUGGAAAAGGUUUGCAUGAGUUUGACUCUGUUCAGGAUCCAGAGGUGAACGAUUUUCGCACCAAAAUGUGCCAGUUCUGUGAGGAGAGAGCAGCAAAGCGGCAGCAGCUCAGCUGGGCAGCUUGGAUGGAGUACAACUUCCCCUUGCAGCUGGAGCCUAUGGCCAAAGGCCUUGGGACUGGCCCUCUACAUACCCCCACCAAGAACAUUUUUGUCAAUGUCAAGUUUCAGUCUGGCGGGGAGAGCUUCACUUUCCAGAUCUCCCCAAAGGAGUUCCCCAUCACAUUAAUGAGCUAUGCUAUCAAGAAGCAGGCUACUGUCUUCCGCCAUGAGACAGUGGAGAACCCAGAGGACUACACCCUGCAGGUGAAUGGGAAAUGUGAAUAUCUCUAUGGGAACCACCCCCUGUACCAGUUCCAGUAUAUUCGCAGCUGCCUGCACCGGGGCCUGACGCCCCACCUGACCAUGGUACACUCCUCCACUAUCAUUGCUAUGAGAGACGAGCAAGCCAACUGUAUUGCCAGCCCCCCGAAGAUGGCUGCCAAGCCUCCCCCACUCCCUAAGAAAAAGCCAAACUAUGGUUCUCUCUGGUCCUUAGAGCAGCCUUUCUACAUUGAGCUGGUGCAAGGCAGCAAAGUCAAUGCAGAUGAGAGAAUGAAGCUGGUGGUGCAAGCAGGUCUCUUUCAUGGCAAUGAGAUGCUGUGCAAGACAGUGUCGAGCUCUGAAGUGAAUGUGUGCUCAGAGCCAGUGUGGAAGCAGAGGCUGGAUUUUGAUAUUAACAUCUGUGAUCUUCCCCGUAUGGCGCGGCUCUGCUUUGCCCUCUAUGCUGUCAUCGAGAAGGCAAAGAAGGCACGUUCCACCAAGAAGAAGUCCAAAAAAGCUGACUGCCCAAUUGCCUGGGUGAAUGUCAUGCUCUUUGACUAUAAGGACCAGCUGAAAACAGGGGAGUGCUGCUUGCACAUGUGGUCCUCCUUUCCAGAUGAGAAGGGGGAACUUCUGAACCCCAUGGGCACGGUACAAUGCAACCCGAACACAGAAAGUGCAGCAGCCUUGGUCAUCUGCUUCCCCAGCGUUGCAUCGCAUCCUGUGUAUUACCCAUCAUUUGAGCAGCUGCUGGAGUUGGGGAGGACUGGAGAACCACCCCGCGCUGCACCAGAAGAUCCUGAGGAGAAGCUGCAACUGAAGGAGAUACUGGAGCGGAGGAGCCACACUGAACUGUACGAGCAUGAGAAAGACCUGGUGUGGAAGAUGAGAUACGAUAUCCGUGACCAGCACCCACAAGCUUUGGCAAAGCUGCUUAUCAUCACCAAAUGGAACAAGCAUGACGAUGUUGCCCAGAUGAUUUCCCUGCUUCAGACCUGGCCAGAGCUGCCUGUGCUGAAUGCCUUGGAGCUGCUGGAUUUUAGCUUUCCCGACCGUUAUGUUGGUUCCUUUGCUAUCAACUCAUUGAAGAAGCUGACGGAUCAUGAAUUAUUCCAAUACCUGCUACAGCUUGUCCAGGUGCUUAAGUAUGAAUCCUAUUUAGACUGUGAAUUAACCAAGUUCCUGCUGGACAGGGCAUUAUCCAACCGCAAGAUCGGCCACUUCCUCUUCUGGCAUCUGAGGUAA